GGACUCCUUAGCAAUGAGAACUAAUGUUGCGCUGCCGUGUGCCUCGUUUACCGAAUGCAAAUGGCUAUGAAGUAAUAAGUAUGGUUUUGGACAAAGUUAGAUGAUGUCAGACGCCGUGGAGAAAGCAUUUGCAGCAAUCCCUGGACUUAUUAGUGGGGGCUUGACGACUAUCACUGCAGGCUCCCCAAUCCAUGUCCAGGGCUUUCCAUCGUUUGUACACAAAGUCUGUUCAUUGACCUCAAAAUAUGAAGAAGAACAAGUUGUGAAAAGGGAACUUACUUUAGUCAAACAACGAUUAGCACAACCAAAUAUUACACAGGCUCAGCAAGCAGAUUGUCUGGUUCGUCUCCUGUUUGCUCAUGUCUUGGGCUAUGAUGUCUCUUUCGGGUAUAUCAGUGCAGUGAAAUUGGCACAGCAAGGAACUCUUGCAUAUAAAAGAAUGGGUUACUUAGCUUGCACAUUAUUCCUUCAUGAAAACCAUGAGUUGGUGCUGCUACUCAUCAAUACAAUCCAAAAGGAUAUCAACAGCAGUAACAUCAUGGAUGUUUGCAUGGCAUUGACGGCCACAUGUUCAUUAGUGAAUACAGAAAUGAUACCUGCUAUACUUCCCUUUGUACAAGAAAAAUUAAAGCAUCAGAAAGAGAUUAUUCGCAAGAAGGCAGUCCUUUGCCUGUUCAAGUUUCACAGGAUGGCCCCCAAUUCCGUUCAACAUAUCCACCCCAGUUUUAAGGAGGCGCUAUGUGACAAAGACCCUGGAGUCAUGUGGUCUGCCCUUCACAUAUAUCAUGACCUCAUUAAGCACAGUCCCAGUGAGUAUCAGGACAUCACUCAGAGCCUGGUCUCCAUUUUACAGCAGGUAGUGAGCAGAAAACUUCCAGCAGACUAUGAAUAUCACCAUGUUCCUGCUCCAUGGCUGCAGAUUAAGCUCCUACAGGUGCUAGCUUUACUGGGAAAAGACCAACAAAAGAUAAGCAGGGUGAUACAUCCAGUCCUUGCAGAAGUACUACAAAGAAGUGAAUCUAAUCAAAACAUCACGUUUGGUGUGGUAUAUGAAUGUAUAUUAACAAUAACCAGCAUAAGUCCAGAUACCAGGCUGCUAGAGUAUGCUGCAAAAUGCACUGGGAAGUUCCUGAGGUCAAAGGCCAAUAAUCUGAGGUACUUAGGCAUAAAAGCACUGACCAAAGUAAUCCAGGUUGCCCCACAACAUGCCCUGGACCAUCAGAUGACAGUGAUAGAGUGUCUUGAAGAUCCUGAUCAUACUAUCAGAGCCAAGACUUUAGAACUUCUGUACAGGAUGUGCAACUCUGUAAAUGUAAAAGUCAUUUGUGACAAACUCCUCGAGUACAUGGAAAAAGACACAGAGAAGUCUAUCAAGGGGGAUAUAGCAAGCAAGAUUUCAAAACUCACUGAGAAAUAUACUACCAAUGUACAAUGGUGCAUAGAGAUAGUCAACAGAAUGGUGCUGCUAGAGGACUCUUUGGUCCCCCAAAGUACAGUCACUUCUUUGAUACAACUAGUAAAAGAUGCUUCACUGAGAGGAGAAGAUUCAGUCCUUCUGUUUGCAGUACAAACCUACUGGGAACUCCUGCAGAGAAAGGAUGUGCCAAAUAAGCUGAUACAAAUCGGUGCUUGGAUUUUAGGAGAAUACAGUCAGCUACGUGUGGUAGAUGGCUUCAAUAUUCAAGAUCUUCUACAAGUGUUUCAAAGGUUACUUGUCUCUUCAUCCACAAGCUGUGAUAGUAAAAGGUGGCUGCUUACAGCUGUCACAAAACAGGUGCUACACUGUGAAAACGCAAAGGAAUAUGUCACACAGCUUGCCCAACACCUCCAGAAUGAAGAUGAUGCUGAUAUAAAACAGAGAUUAAGAGAGCUUCAAAACUUGUGCCAAGAACCAAUGACUACAUUUGCUCAAGUUAGAACAGAAUGCCAGAAAGAACAAGAAGAGUAUGACUUUUCCUUGUCAUUCCUUGAUAAUUAUGUCAGUGAAGCAUUGGAGGGAGGAGCCAAGGCAUAUUGCCCCCUUCAUUUAAGAAAUAUGAAACAAAAAUCACAGGACACCCCUCAAGUUUCAGAAACGUCAUUCUUCCAAGGUAUGAAUUUCUUGCCAUAUGAAAGUCCAACUGCGAGUAUCUCAUCUCCAGUAGGGGACACAUCUGUGAAAUCAGGCAGCUCUGGGGGCAGGGAUAACAGAGAUGGCGAAUUAAGGUUAAAGGCUGUUAAGAAAUUAUGGGGACAUACAGGAAGACUCGAACAAGAAGAUGAAGUAGAUCAAACACUCUAUGAAGAAAACAUAAGUGAGAAAUGGAUGGAGGAUAGGAAGGUCUCAGACAAAUCACAGGAUCUUUCUCAGAGCUCUCCACCAUCUCUAGAGCUAGCUGAGAAAAGGAGAAAGCAAGAGCUUGCAAGUGCAUUGUUCGGGGGAAUCACAAGAAGUGAAGAUAUUAAAAAUGAUUUCAUUGAGAACCCUGUAAUUUUACCUGUUGGUACCAACCAAACUUUACUGAAUACAGACAACACAGAGAGAUGAAAGAAUGUAGUAUUAAUAUUCAAAGCUGAUAUGUACUUGUUGACAAUAAAAUAUAAAGGUUAUUGUUCUUUUCUUUGCUUUUAUUUAUUUGUGGCUUAUACUGCCUGUUUAUUGUUGUUAAUAGUAUAAAUUAUUACUGAUUUUUUUAAAAUUUCAUUUAAUAGAUUGUAUGUGCUUUUUAUACAGAUUUCUUGGUUGUUGUAUUUGUGCUGCCCUAAAAAAGGCCAGAUGUACAGUUUAAAUGUUAUCAAUUCCUUUAUUUUAUGGGGAUAAAAGCAAUGAUAUUUGCAUGGCUAAAUUAUACCAGUGAAGUCUUUAAGACUGGGUUCCCACACAGAGAUCGAUCCAUCUGGAUCGACCUAACUCCCUGGGGG